UAGUCAGCCAUAUUGACUCGCGUAAGAACAUCGAAAGCAGUUCCGUAUUUGUCGUGCUUAUGGUUGCAAUUAGAUGGUGCGUUACUAUCACGGAAAUUUUCUAACUAGUUAUAUUUUCCAUGAACUGUAAUCACUUGUUGAACGAAGAAUUUGAAAAUAAUAAGCACAGGGUUGAAGUAUGCCGGAGGAACAGAAAUCUGCUGGUGGUCAACCAGAAGUAACAGCAGAAAAUGGAACCGAUACAAACUCGCCAACGAAAAGUCCAGUCAGCAAAGGCAAAACAGCUCUUGCCAGGAUUACAUUGCUGGAUGGAACAGUGAAAGAUUUUCAUAUAGAUAGAAAGGCGAAAGGGCAAGAGUUACUUGAUAUGAUAUGUCAAAGUAUGAAUUUAAUGGAAAAGGAUUAUUUUGGCCUUAUUUACGAGGACAGGCACGAUUCACGAAAUUGGUUAGAUCUGGAUAAAAGAAUUGCAAAAUUUAUAAAAAACGAGCCAUGGAAAUUUAAUUUCGAGGUGAAAUUUUAUCCACCGGAUCCGGCCCAAUUACAAGAAGAUAUAACUCGUUACCAAUUAUGCCUUCAAAUAAGAAACGAUAUUAUCACGGGACGAUUGCCAUGUUCUUUUGUAACUCACGCUCUUUUAGGUUCAUAUUUAGUUCAAUCAGAGGUUGGAGAUUAUGAUCCAGAGGAACAUGGCCGUACAUAUUUAAAAGACUUCAAAUUUGCUCCUAAUCAAACUCCAGAGUUAGUGGAGAAAGUAAUGGAUCUGCAUAAAACACAUAAAGGUCAAACACCCGCAGAAGCGGAACUUCACUAUCUCGAAAAUGCAAAAAAACUGGCAAUGUAUGGAGUUGAUCUUCAUCCUGCUAAAGACUCUGAAGGUGUUGAUAUAAUGUUAGGUGUAUGUUCUUCUGGACUUCUCGUCUACAGGGAUCGAUUGAGAAUCAACAGGUUUGCUUGGCCAAAGAUAUUAAAAAUCUCGUACAAAAGGCAUAACUUUUAUAUAAAGAUCAGACCAGGUGAAUUUGAACAAUUUGAAUCGACAAUUGGUUUUAAAUUAGCAAAUCAUAGAGCUGCAAAAAAAUUAUGGAAAGUGUGUGUAGAACACCAUACUUUCUUCAGGCUCAUGAGUCCUGAGCCUGUAAAAAAAGUAGGUUUAUUACCACAUUUGGGAUCUCGUUUCCGAUAUUCAGGUAGAACUCAUUACGAAACGAAGAAAACUCCCAUUGACAGACAACCUCCACAAUUUGAAAGAUCUUUAAGUGGUCGUCGUCCUACAUCUCGUAGUAUGGAUGCAUUAGGAGGUCCUAAACAAGUUGAAUCUUAUGGUUCAGAACCAAGUAAGAGGCAUACAAUGAGCUAUGAACCUGAAAUGAUUCCUGAUAUGGAGCAUAUAGAUCAACGGCCUAGUCCAAUUAAAAAACAAAAAGAAAAGCUCACACGCAAAACAAGUGCUGGAACAACAUCAGCUAGCAGUACCAGUAGCCUGGAAGGAGAAUAUGAUGCAGAUCGUGGCAAAAAGAAACCGGUCGGAGGAAUUGCGGUCCUACCGCCCGGUGGUCUAUUUAAGAAGAAAAAGGAUAAACAAAAUGAAAACGAAAAAGAAAAUCAUAAUGACUUAAAUAAUUCCGAUUUAAUAAAUGAAAGUAUUCUUGAUAAUAAUGAUAUAAAAUCCAGUAAAAAAGAGCUUAAAAAAAAAGAAAAGGAAAUGACAGAAAAAAAUAUUAUUCUUGAAAACAAUGAUAAGAUAAAGUCACCUAGUAAAAAAGAAUUGAAAAAGAAAGAAAAGGAAAUGGCAGAGAAAACUGCUAUUCUUGAUAAUAACGAUAUAAAAUCGCCUAGUAAAAAAGAAUUAAAAAAAAAAGAAAAAGAAAUGGCAGAAAAAAUAGCUAUUCUUGACAAUGAAAUAAAAUCAUUUAAUAAAAAGGAAUUGAAGAAGAAAGAUAAAGAAGCAUCAGAAAAAAAAGAUAAAGAAAUAUCAGAAAAAAAAGAAAAAGAAAUAUCUGAAAAAAAAGAAAAAGAAAUAUCAGACAAAAAAGAAAAAGAAAUAUUAGACAAAAAAGAAAAAGAAAUAUUAGACAAAAAAGAAAAAGAAAAGUUAGAGAAAAAAGAUAAAGAAACAUCAGGAAAAAAAGACAAGGAAACAUCAGGGAAAAAAGACAAGGAAAUAUCAGAAAAAAAAGAUAAGGAAACAUUAGAAAAAAAAGAUAAAGAAAAAAAAGACAAAAUAAAGGAUAUACGGGAUGUAUUAAAACCAAUCUCUUCAAAAACGAAGAAAGUUUUAUCUUCAAAUACUACCCCAACAAUAGUAAAAACAACAACCAAACAAUCAGUAGUAAAGGAUCAAGAAGGCGUGAUACAAAAUAUAGAAGAAAAAGUGGAAGAUCUUACUCCUGGAGGAACAGGCCAAGUAACUGUUUCUACACAAAUUAAUAAGGCAGAGACAUCAGAUGAUGGUAGAGCUCCAUACAUGACAGCAACUGCUGUUACUACACGCACUGCUACAAUGCACGAGGAUCUUGAAAAAAAUCAAAAAACCAGUCAGGUAGAGGAAAAAACUGUAGCACAUACAACAGCAACCAGUGCAACAAGACAAGAACAGAGAGUAGUAACUCAAGAAGUUCGAACAACAAGUCAUGUACUUUCUGGUGAACAGCUGUUCUCACGAAGGCUCAGUACAUCCAGUUCAAGCAGUGAUGAUUCAGGUACUCCAAUUGACCUUGAAGAUGAUCAGCAGGCUUUCUACAAUCAAUAUUAUCAGGGUGAUCCAGCGGGUGUUAUUGAAACUGAAACACAUAUUUACAAAGGAGAGCCAGAAAGUAAUGUAACAACAACUACUACAGUUCCACUAGUAGCAACUGAAACUAGAAAAGUAGCCGUUGAAAGUGAAGAUGGUAUGUACAGUGCAACUGGAGAAAUAGUUAGUUCUCAGACAAUAUCUAGUAAAACUCGUACUGUUGAAACGAUAACGUAUAAAACUGAAAGAGAUGGAGUUGUAGAAACUCGUGUAGAACAAAAAAUUACAAUACAAUCAGAUGGUGAUCCAAUUGAUCAUGAUAGAGCUUUAGCAGAAGCAAUUCAAGAAGCAACUGCAAUGAAUCCUGAUAUGACAGUAGAAAAAAUAGAAAUUCAACAGCAAACAGCACAGUAAAAUAAUUGGUAAAAAUUACUUUUGUAAGAAAUAAAGGGCACUCUUUGUCUAAAAGACUAAUUCUAAGAAA